UGAACCCAUUGCCAGGCACCCUGGGUCGUGGUUGGUCAGUCAUUCCCUAAAUCAACUUACGGUGUCACCGUACCGCUCUAACAUGAGCGAGGUUGACAUGCAGAAUGUGCAGCAAUCAGCAGAGUAUAUAUACACAUACUGCACUAUUCUUUGAAGUCAAGCAACAUUUGCUGCUUUCAAGUGUUUCUAGUGGCUAAAUUGUGAAGGGGUGGCUUUUGCUUUAUCGCCUUCGGUCGUACUACUCUUUAGCAGCGGUUUAGCGAGAGAGAAUAUGGAAAAGUUGUCGGGGCUGAGCCACCUCUUCAUGACGAUCUUUCUCCAUAAUUUCUCCACUUUUAUGGUGAUCCCAGCCAUCACUGAUGUUACUAUGUCUGCACUUUGUCCCGGAAGAGACGAAUGCUCUCUGGCCAUCUACCUUUCUGGGUUUCAACAAGCGAUUAUAGGUCUGGGAACACUCGUAAUGAUGCCUCUUGUGGGAAAUCUCUCCGACAAGUACGGGCGGAAAGCUUUGCUCACAGUUCCAAUGAGUCUCACCAUCAUUCCCCUAGGCAUAUUGGCGUAUAGCAGGGAUAGGAAUUUCUUCUACGCCUACUAUGUCGUCAGGACCCUUACUGCAAUGGUCUGUGAAGGAAGCGUUCACUGCCUUGCCCUUGCUUAUGUGGCGGAUAAUGUUUCGGAGGGGCGAAGAGCUUCAGCUUUCGGCGUUCUAUCGGGGAUUGGAUCCUCUGCAUUCGUCUGCGGAACCCUAUCCACCCGUUUUCUCUCCACGUCUUCUACUUUCCAGGUUUCGGCUUCGGUGGCUGUGAUUGCAGCGGUGUACAUGAGGGUAUUCCUCCCGGAUUCGGUCGUAGACGACGGUCUUUCCGCUCCAAUUCUCUCAAAGGAUAAACUGCACAUUACUCAAUCGGAUGGAGAAUCGAACAGGAAUGGUACGCUGGUACUCAAAAGAAUGCCUUCCUUGGAGGAUAUGGUCUCCUUGCUCAACACUAGUUCGACGUUUUCCCAAGCUGCAGUCGUUUCCUUUUUUAGCAAUCUUGCAGAUUUUGGCCUUCAUGGUUCCAUGAUGUAUUACUUAAAGGCCAGGUUUCAUUUUAACAAGGACCAGUUUGCUGACUUAAUGGUCAUUUCUGGGAUUGCAGGGACCAUAUCACAGCUAUUUCUCAUGCCUACAUUGGUUCCUGCUCUAGGAGAGGCAAAGCUGCUUUCAGUAGGGCUCUUAUUUAGCUGUGCACAUAUGUUUCUUUACAGCAUUGCGUGGUCCUUCUGGGUUCCUUAUGUCGCUGCUAUGUUCUCCGUAUUUUUUUCUCUAGCACAUCCAUGUAUGAGGAGCAUUGUUUCCAAACAAGUUGGGCCCUGUGAACAGGGAAUGGCUCAAGGGUGCAUUUCAGGCAUAUGUUCCUUUGCCAGCGUUGUUUCUCCCUUAGCUUUCUCUCCUCUAACAGCUUUAUUCCUGUCUGAUCGAGCGCCUUUCAAUUUCCCUGGAUUUAGCAUUAUGUGCAUUGGAUUUGCUAUGAUGAUAGCUUUCGUUCAGAGUAUGAUGAUAAAGGCGGUUCCUCCCUUGAUAAGUAAUGGAGGCAGCGGUUGCAACCAUGCAGAGGUCUAGUUUUCAACAUUGCAAAUGCUCCAAACUGGAAGUAUUCUCCUUUGUAUUCUAAAACCUUUCAUUAUUACAUAUAACAAGUAUCGGGUAAAAAACGUAGAGCUCUCAAGCUGCAACAAUCAUCUUGCCCCGGUAACAUGAGCAUCUGUAAAUCACUUGAAACCAUUUGCUUGCAUCAAUCGCAUGGGGAAUACGUUCGAGAUCAUGGCUGCCUUCAAAGUUGAUACGGUGAAGAAAUGGCAGGCUUCAGUUUAUUUUUCAAAAGCACGUCAAUGGUAAAAAUCUUUGUAUGUUUACAUUUUCAGGACAUGAUGCAUGCCUUUGAACACUUUUUGCCACAGUUUGGACAUGAAUAAAUAGUGUAGAAGAGAAAA